CCUUGUGGUACAAAAGUAGUUACAGCUGAGCUGCCCUGAGUUAAGCCCUGAGACUCCUUAAUUGUUGUCACAAGAUGUUGGAUUAGCACAUUUCUGGAAUAGCUGUCUGUUUACACUCUGGAGACCCACCGUCCACUAACCGCUUUCUAAUUGAAUUCUAAUCACAUUCAAAUAGCUCAAUAACCAGCCUCAGCUGCAAUUCAUAAAACUUUAAUUGCCAUCCAUAAAUCCUGGGCUCCCCAGAGCGGGGCAUCCCUACAACCCAAUUACACUUCUCUAGCUUGCAAGAGAGACUGUCACAGAGAUGGAAAGGGAAAAGGAGAGGCAGAAAGACAGAGGACAGAGAGACAACCAUGCCUCCAGCUGAGAAGCUGAUGCUCCCCUAGGAUUGGGGCACUUGGUUCUCACAGGUGGAGGAAGUCCUGUCCCCAAAUUUCUUAGCACCUCUUUGAACUCAGGCUUGAAAUUAGCUGUUUGGUGGGAAAAAUCAAAUUUGUAGCUCACCCUCCCUACUCCAGCCAGAUUUUCUACAAGGGUAGAGAAGAGAAAGCUGUCAUCCCUGCCACCUUGUCUUCCCCAAAGAUCAUUAGCCCCUAUGGUGGCAGCUCCCCUCUCUCACAUAACCACUGGUACACAAGUCUUCCACUAGACCCUGUGCCACUCAGAGAUUUCUUUUACCAAACCACCUUUCCCAUCCCAAGCCAGGAUUCCUUGAAUGGCUCCAUUCCCUUCAAUUUUGGGGGCUUUUAAAUGGGCAUAGAGGGGAGGGUGCUUCCUGGUUAGCCUGCCAUCUGUAAAAUGCAAGGGGGCAGGAGAUGGAUGGACCCAAAGUAAAGGCCUCCCCCAACCCCUGCCCAGUCUCCGAGAGGGCUGGGGUUUGAGUCCUCUCUCCAAAAUCCUUGGGAUGUAGUUUGUAAGAUUGACCUGGAAAUGUAGUGGUGGAACCAUUUGGAGACAGAAUAGAGUGACCCUUCAUCUUUCUCUGCCAAAGGGGGAGCUGCCAGUUAGAAAGGGACACAAGGAAGGAUCGUUGAUACGAGUGGCCCCACGUGCAACGGCAUUUUAGAGCUUCUCAAGCAUGAGGAUGAAAAGCUCCUCAGCUUCUUAGCUGUGAAGCCUCACUGUUACUCCGUGAAUCUGUCACGAACUAGCCACCUGAAUGACCUUGGCUAAGUCCAAAAGCUGGAGGAGUGUGUGUGUGUGUGUGUGUGUGUGUGUGCGCGCGCGCGCGCGCGUGUGUCUGUCUGUGUGUGUGUCCGUCUAUGGUCCAAGCCGCGCCCAGGCACUGGGCUGCUGCCAGUCCGCCGCCGGAACGAUCCUGCUUCAGACUUCAGGCCUCACAACUUUACCACGCCCCAGCUACAGCUGGCACAGCGGAGCAGGGAACACUGGGUGUCCCGGUCAAAAAGGCCUCAAAGUGCCCACCUGGUGCACUUUGCGGCCCCGCGCAGGGAAGAGUUGGGCUGCGGCCCAGGCUAGAGAGAGGGGUGGGAUGGAGGACGCAGCUCUGUGAUUUCACGGGAAAGCGUGGAGAAAGAGGGGGAGGAGGCUGGCCUCCCCUCGAAAUUAACAAAACCUACACUUUGCAAAGUCUCCCCCAUCCCCCUCCUCCGAGUUCUUCCCUGCCGCGCGCCCGCCCCUCCUCGCCGCUUCUGUUGUGACUCGGGCAGCCUAUCCCGAGGGUGGGGAGCUGCUGAGGAGCCUGAGCGGAGCGGUACUCCGCAGCAUCACGUGCCGGGGUGGGGGCUAUAAAUUCCCAGAGCCGGGGCCCCGGGCGGGGGACGUGUGGACCAGCCCUCUCCAGGGACCCCUUUGUUCGCCGCCCAGACGCCGACACCUCCCCGUCCCCAAGGGCUUGACCGCCUGCAUCCGUGCCGCGCCCGGGGCAGAGCUCAGAACAGGAGAGGGGAGGAGGCGCCACCCCGGGCCGGGCCCUCCAGCCACCUAUCCCUCCAGACAUGUCGCGUUCCUUCUAUGUCGACUCGCUCAUCAUCAAGGACUCCUCACGGCCCGCGCCCUCGCUGCCUGAGCCGCACCCCGGGCCAGAUUUCUUCAUUCCGCUGGGCAUGCCGUCCCCGUUGGUGAUGUCGGUGUCCGGGCCCGGCUGCCCGUCCCGCAAGAGCGGCGCGUUCUGCGUUUGCCCUCUCUGCGUCACUUCGCACCUGCACUCCUCUCGGGGGCCAGCAGGCUCUGGCAGCGGGGGCUCAGGGUCGGGGAGUGCGGGGACCGGGGCUGGCGGGGUGGCGGGGGGCGCCGGGGCCUUGCCCUUGCUCAAGAGUCAGUUCUCUUCGGGUCCUGGGGACGCGCAGUUUUGCCCGCGCGUGAGCCACGCGCACCAUCACCACCACCCGCCGCAGCACCAUCAUCACCACCACCAGCCCCAGCAACCCGGCCCAGCUGCUGCAGCGGCGGCCGCGGCUGCAGCGGCGGCGGCGGCGGCGGCCUUGGGGCACCCGCAGCACCACGCACCUGUCUGCGCCGCCACUACCUACAACGUGGCGGACCCGCGGAGAUUCCACUGCCUCACCAUGGGGGGCUCGGACGCCAGCCAGGUACCCAAUGGCAAGAGAAUGAGGACGGCGUUCACCAGCACGCAGUUACUGGAGCUGGAGCGGGAAUUCUCUUCCAACAUGUACCUGUCUCGACUCCGGAGGAUCGAAAUCGCCACGUACCUGAACCUGUCGGAGAAACAGGUGAAAAUCUGGUUUCAGAACCGCCGGGUAAAGCAUAAGAAAGAAGGGAAGGGCACGCAGAGGAACAGUCACGCGGGCUGCAAGUGCGUCGGCAGCCAGGCGCACUACGCGCGCUCCGAGGAUGAGGACUCCUUGUCACCGGCCUCUGCCAAUGAUGACAAGGAGAUUUCCCCUUUGUGAGGGAGGGCCAUCCGCCUUUCGCCACAUGCUCCCAGGAACCCCCAUAACGCCAACGCGGCGGGCACCCAGGGGUCAAAAUCCUCGCCCAUUCCGUGGUCCCAUCUGGAGAAGGACCGAGCUGAGCGUUUCCAGGGUGCACAGGCCAGGCCUGACCCUUCCUGUCGUUUUCUUUACCUAUUUGUGUAGGGCUCCACUCUCAGUAAUAGAUCUUUUUUAAAAAAUGUAAAUAAUUAGAUUCAACUCAGUCUUGUCAUAUAACAAAAAAGCGCGACGGUUUAACACUCUAUGAGGUUUUUUUGAAAAUGCAUGUCAUUUUCCCUUCCCUGUCUUUCAGAACCUGAUAAGAAUUCGGGGUUUCUUGAUUAUUUUCUGUUAUUUUUAAAUAAAAGUAUUGAAUUGCUAAUAAUUUAGAAAAUUAAACUCUGUAGGUCCUUCUGAAAAUUUUCCUGGGGAGAGUUUAAAAUCCAAGUCGCUGAA